AGAUAUGAACAUUGUAUAGUAAUAUGUUUCUGUUAAACAUAAUAAAAAAUGUUUUUUAUUUUCCUUAUUCAAUAUUAAACUGUUCCUUAUUCUGUAUUCUCUGAUCACUAUUUCUCUUAUUAUUCGGACCUCCUUAGUUUUCGUGUCGUGUUUUUUAUGGUUUUUUAAAAUCAAUUUCAAUGGAAAGUUUGAGAUGUAACACAGAUAAGAUGGACAGAUCCAAAACACACACAUAUCUUGCUUUAUUUUGACGUGCUCCAUCCACCAACGAGUCUGCGCGCUGCAAGAGAUUUCUGUUUGGCUUUUCCCGGCAGCGACGGAUACACCUAUUCCCGUCAGUCACGUGGUGAGCUUUCGCGGGUAAGGAUCGCGUUCCUCUGUCGGCUUUUUUCAGUGGUGUAAAAGAAACCAGUAUCAAAAAGAGAGAAAGAGAGAAAGAGAGAGGAGACAUCUGGAUUCAUCACGGUUCAAGGUGCAUUUUAAAGAUCGUCGAAGGCCGUCACAGUAGAGAAUAUCUCAUUGUGGAGGGAAGCGAUCGACCCAAAAGACAUCGGCAUGCGAUACCGCCGAGCAGACGUCGCGACGCUGAUGGAAGCGGUAACGUGACAAAGAUCGAAGUGGUGCUCGAGGAAGCACCAGACGCUGUCAUCGUCGGUUCAAUGUCAUCGGAAUUGGAAGCCACCUCUGAACUCAAUUCGACCUUUCCCAACGGGAUUGCAGGAACAGGUACGGUGGUGGUGCGAGCCGAGGAAGUCCUGAUCGUCGUUCUCGUUCUGGUAUUGUGGGUGGCCGCCAUCGCUCUGUUUUUUAAUCGAUGGGGCAAGAUUCGAAUGCUCGAACCGUAUCAGCCGAAGUUUCAGCAACAACACAGACAAAGCUGCUCUAUGAUCGAUGCAAACUCUCUCCAGCACCGGAGCUACUCAAAGUUCAACAUUCACUGCAUGGAGCAUCCGGUGCACCAGGUGAGCUGCAUCUCGGCCGCCGGGCCGGCUGCCAGGCUGCGCCAGAACAGCGUGUUCGUGGGCUCGAGCACGUCGCUGCUGCCGGCCAGCCAGGAGACGCCCAGGCGAACCAAGAGCGCCUUCGAUCUGCAGUCGCUGGUGCACGCGGAGGGCACGGGGUCACAUUACGACGAGGAGGAGCGCGACGGUGACACGUUGAGGACCCUCAGGUCCAUCGGCGAGACGUCGCGACUGUUGCAGCGCGAGCGUCGGACCAGCACCUACCAUUUCGACCGCAUGGACGUCCUGGCCAGGCCGAUACAACGCGAACGCGGCAUGAGCAUCUGCCACUUCGACAGGACGGACGUCCUCGCCAGGCCGUUGCAGAGGGACCGCGGCAUGAGCAUUUGCCAUUUCGACAGGACGGACGUUCUUGCCAGGCCGCUGCAGAGGGACCGCGGCAUGAGCAUCUGCCACUUCGACAGGACGGACGUCCUCGCCAGGCCGCUGCAGAGGGACCGCGGCAUGAGUAUCUGCCACUUUGAUAGAAUGGACGUGCUGGCGAGGCCUACGUUUCCGCCCGGCAAGUCCUUGCUGCGCGAGAGACGCGUCAGCGUGUGCAACUUCCUGGAGAGGGACGAGGAGCAGCCGAGCAGCGGAAACUCCUUGCAAAAGGAUAGGCGAUUGAGCGUCAGUAACGUCGACAAAAUUGAGACCCUUGGGAAAUCGUCGUCGCGCAGAGACCUGCGCGGCAGCAUCGGCAACGUGAUCGACAACAGGCAGGACAGCCUGACAAAAUACAACACGAUCCGGGAGAGGAACAACUCCGUGCAUCACUUCGAUCGUCCAUCCUGCAGCAAAACGUCCGACGUCGUGCUUGGGUACAAAGCGACGUGUGUCUAGUCGUAGCUUCUUCCGGGGGCCUGGAGAACGCUCGAAAAAGACGACGUUGAUUCCGUCGACGACUGGUCCAAUCGCGGAUCUAUAUCACUGAGAAAAAAAUGUUGUUAAUUUGACUAAAUUUUUCAACUAGAUUAAAUUUCUUUAGUUCAAGUAUUUAUGUAAUUAACUUAAAUACAUAAAAUACUUGAAUUGUAAUUUAAGUAUUUAUACAUUUGACUGAAAUGCACAAAUAGUUGAAUUAAAGAAAUUUAAUCAAGUUGAAAAAUUUAAUCAAAUCAACAACUUUUUUUUCUCAGUGUACCUUAGACGAAAUACGGCUGUGAAAUUCUUUCGUAUAAUCGCUUUUGCGUCAAUGUCACUUUUAUCGCCUAUAUUUCUUGCAUUCUUUUGUGGAUUCUCUUGAAAAUACCACAGCCCCGAGCACCAAUGGCUCUUAUCGAACCGCCAUAACUAAUCGCCGUAUUUGAGUCGAUCAUUUGUAAAAGCCAACAUAAAUCAAGACAGUUUUUGUCGUAACUGAGUUAUAUGUACAAUUUCUUUUAAUAACCACAAUUAAAGCAUUUUUUUUGCUAGACAUCGGGUUUACAAAAUUGUUAUUCACAUGAGUAUAAUGUCAUAAAUCUGUGCCCAGCAACCAUGUUUUUCCCUUACAAUAUAUUCUAUAAAAACACGCUGAACAACGAUCCAUUUUAGCAUAUUAGAAUUAAAUAUUACAAGCUUGUUGUUUUAUGAACUGUAUAUUUUUAAAAAAUAACAUUUUAUUUACAAAAUUCAACAUUUACGAAAUGUAAAGAAAAUACUAUUUAAUAUUAUACAAAAAUGCUUAUUUUGUUAAGAAACAACACAGGCUAAAAAUUUCGAAAAUUAGUUUUCCUUUGAGAUUUUAAAAGUGAUACAUUUUAUUCACUUAACGCAUAAAACAAUAAAUUAUUUUUUAAUAAAUUUUUAAUUAUUUUUAAAAGCAUGUAAAACCCCAGAUAGUUUUUUCCAAUUUUCCAAAAGCGAGAUUAUGUUGUUUCUCCAAAUGACCGAUUUAUUUGAACGUGACGCGGUUACGAAAUGACGGUUUUCCCUUAUUUCCCUACUUUGCGCGAUAAACGUCGCUUCGACCGCAUCCCGCGAGAUGUAAAACGAUUUGGUCUCGGACCGAGAAACAUUUCUCGUUUAUUUCCUGCGCGUGCGAAAUUAAGCGCGCGUCAAGUCUUUAGGUGCUCUCCGGAAAUUAAAAGCGCGUCGCGCGGACACGCAACAGAAGGGCGGACAUUGAAGAACGUUUUUCUGCGCGGUAUUUUCUAUUUUUUCUUCUUCUUUUUUUUAUUUUUUUCUUCCCUCAUUUUUUGCCACGGACUAAACGUAAUAACGAAACUACCUGCCGCGCCUCGAUUCGGUCGAUCUCAUGAAUGAUACAUGACAGGCAUUUCAACGAAUUCGCCUGGGAAACACCGUUGAACUUCCUUCGUUAGUCGACAAUUCGUUAAUGAUAUAUUCGAGAGUUUCGCUAGCCGAACAACGAAACUGUAGAACGGAUAUACUAUACAUCGCGAGCGUGGCGGCGUCAUUUUCCGUAACGAACGGACACCGUAGGGAGAUGAGCCAACGAAUUGUAGAUCGUUUCAUAGCGACGCGUUUAUUCGGGCGGCCCGCAAUUUUUAAUUAACACAUUUAAUCGGCGAGGCCCGACGAGCGGGCGGCAUAUAAUUAGUCCAACGAAAUGAGAAUCGAUCGAUCAACUUUAUUCAUCUCUCUACUCAAUUUUGCUCUCUUCACUGUCUCUAUCCCUCCUUCUGUCCUUUGCCCCUCGUAGCCACAAUUAUAUACGGCAGACUUUUUCCUCUCUUUCCGCGUUUUCUUCUCAGAACUUAAAUCCGCCGUAGGGAGCGAACUGUAGAAAUUGCUCCAUUCUUAGGAGAGGCGAAGCGUCUCACGUAGCAUCUCCUCUUACUUGUCGUAGACGUACGUACGGGCUCUCGUAAAUUGUCUGCACACACGAGGCAGCGUAAAUCGGUUGGACGCAAAAAAAAAGGGACGCGUUCGCCGAGUGCGCACUCGGUCGUUCGAUUUGUAGAACCUGUCAACGCCAUCGAACAUCAGCACGAGGAAGGAACGGCACACGCUCUCAGGGAUUUUAUUAUUUAAAAUCUUCUUCAUUCUCGUGAAAAGGCAGUCUGUUAAUCUGAUACGUCAAGUUAUCAUGCAUGCGCAUUUGUUUGUUCCAAAUUAAUUAAACAUUACAGAAGCCUAUUAAUUUAGCUAAUGUCGAAUGAAUUGGUAUCGAAUGCAUCGGUCGGCUCAUUAAUCGAGCUUUGUGGCCGCCGUAUGAAAUGCGAUACGCAGUCCGCGCAUUACGACCGUACAUUUACAUUUAACGAUCGUAACGGUCAUUAAAAUUUCAUUAUCGUAGCAAUGGGUUUGAUUCUGCUUCUCUUGUUUCGACAAGGUAUGACAUAAUUCUUCGCGAUUAAAGCUGUCGUAAAGUACAAAAGCGUUCAAAGCAUACUAUUCUAAAGCCACGGACAAAAACUGUAAUAAUAUUCGCUGUCAUAUCCACGAAUAUCCAUGUAUAAUAAUAUAACGAGAAACCUAUUUUGAAUAAUUGAUAGAUUUACAUAAUACAUACAUAUACAUACAUAUAUGCGGGAAUUAAUGUCAGAUAUUUUCGGAGAGCCUACAUAUUUUUAUCUGCGUUGGGGGAUAAGACUAGCAGACUUACUAAGAUUAUACUCUUAUAGUAUCUAGUUCCUUCAACAUUGGAAGAUGUAUGAUAUGCGAUUAUCGUGUUCGGUGCUAGAGAGCUCUUAGCGAGAUUCGUAGUUGUACACGUGUUUGUAGCGCACGAAAUUAAAGAGAUGAGCUCGUUGAGCCAUCGGUAUAUUACCUCCUUUCAAUUUGAACUGUUCAUGCUAAAGGAUAAGAGUGAAUUAAAAAAAAAAAAUAUGUUACUAGAUAACUCAGUGCGAGCGUCUCUCAAUUUAUUAAAGGCCCCCGUCUGCUAUUUGAUGCUUUAAUUAAAAGUGCAACGAAGUCACUGUGUAAAAAGAGAGGAAUCAUCACUGUUUAAUCCCGUGCGGUAAAAAGCGGCCUUUAAUAAAAACAAGAUAUCACUGUACAAUUUUCUUGUGCACAUUUAUAUAAAAGUGGGAAUGCGAAUCUGUUUGCUGAUGAGGUUAUCAUUUUACUUUCCUCCUGAUGUGAUCGCACCAUUAUAUAAUAAUUAAAUGGCUCGGCUCAAUAAUGUAUUAAUCUACAUGAAAAACGUAUCUCAUCUACAGUAGUCAAUACAUUAUUGAUCCAAACCAAUUUUGUUCCUAAUGAUUGAUUAUAGCUAUUGAUUAUAGCUAUUAAGUAAUAUAUACAUGUCGUAUUCUUAUUUUAAAAGUAAUACUAAAAAAGCAAAGAGAAGAAGAGCUUUAUUGUUUAGAGCAGAUCUUGAGUUUUAAUAAUUUUAAGCAAAUUUUUAAUUUUUAAUUUUUAAAUUUGCGCAUUUUAUAAAAACAUUAAAUUUUUCAAAAAUUAAUUACUAAUGAAAUACUUGAAUAAACUUUUAAAAACAUGGUUAAAUGUUAUUUUUGGUUUUUGUGUUUUACAAUUCUCUUAAGCAACUUUUGGUUAAGCAUUAUUUUUUGAUCUCUUUUUAUUAUUUUUAAGUAACAAUAAUUUUAAUAUUUUUUAACACAUAUGGACUGAAUUAUUAAAAUUUUUUUUAUUUUGAAUUAUUAUGAUCUACACUUUUGACGAUUGUGUGAUAGAGUAUAUCUAAUGUUUACUUAACUUACAUAAAUAAGUAAUUAUGAAAUGAUUCAACUAAAAAAUUACGUUUUUUUUCGAGUGCAUUACUUUUUAAAAAAAGAAUGCGAUGUUGCAGAGAUCCUUCUUUUAUGUAAAAUAAAAUACUAUAUUUCUCGCGAUCUCUGUUAUGUCUAUUAUCAAACUUUACGGAAGUAUUAAACGAAGUUACGGAAGUAUUAUAACUCUUUCAUGUCCGAUCGAAAUUCAUUAAAGUAAGGGGACCUUCUCUAAUUAGUUGAUAAUGAGAGAAUAUCGUAGAGUAAUUAGAUGUAUACGUACGUAGACACGUUCAGACCAAAUGUAAGCUUUAAAUUUUAAGAUUACAAAAUAUUAUAAUAAAGACUACUUAUAUAUUACACGUUAAUUUCGUAACUUUAGAUUCAGACAGAUUAGAAACGUUCGUACUUUCGACGACUCAGACUGUUUCAAUCAAAAGAUUUCGAGAAUUCUAAAAGUGUGAUUUGAAGUGUAUUUUUCAUGAAUGUCCGAUAAAUAUUAAGCGCAAGUAUAUUUUUUAUGUAUAUGAACGAAGCGUUGCACAAUAUUGCAUUAAUUUUAUUAAAUACUUAGCGUUACAUUAAUGCGUUGCAUUAAUUCUAUUAAAAACUUGUCCGACAGAUGGCUGUAUAUUUAUUUUAAGUAUAGAAAUUGCCAAAUAUUUUUAAUGGUAAUGAUAAAAGUGCUAAAUAUUGCUAAAAAUUGCUAAAUAUUGUACUUUUGAAAUUUUUCGCGUUUUUUUGUGUGAAUUUCUAAGAAAAUCGGACAUUUCUAUAAUGGACUUUCUCUUAUUCUCACGAAGAGUUCGAAGAGUUUGAAGAGGAGUACAAUAUAUCAAAGAACCACGUAUGAGUAAGAAUAAUGUAAAACUUGUAUGGAAUAUAAUGUAAAAGUAUGAUAAAUAGUUAAGAAGAUUGGAUUAUUAUGAAUGACUUGCAAAAUGGAUAAGUAAUUCGACAAAGAAGCAUUUAUUAAACAAAUUGAUGUUAAGUUAUGUACCUUAUCAUACAUAUAUUUAAAUUAUUUAUGUUUUAACGAGUUUGUUAUUUAUAUAAUUAUAGAUGUACAACUUGAUUAAUUAAUAACGUUAAUUAUCGAUUAUAAUUUCUUACAAUUAACCAUUGUGUGUGUUGGUCGAGUAAUUUUUCUAGUCUUAUAAACAUUAGAUUAUGUGUAAAAAAUAAUUUUGUCAAUAUGUUAGCAAAUGACUUUUUUACAAUAAAUAUUAUUUGAAACAAA